AUCCUUUUCUUGUUCUUUAACAUUAAAUGACCUUUUACUUUAUUAGUAUAUUAACAGGUUUUACCUCAGAUUUUUGUCAUUUUCCUCACCAGUGUUUUGUGAAUUAAAUGCUGUCUCGGCCCUAUAUGUGACAUCAUUGUUUUAGGACCCCAAAAAUGUCACUUCCAAAAGCUACCUUUUGUAAUGAUUUGAAUAUUUAUUGUAUGGAUAUAAUGGGGAUCAAAGUGUCCCACUUUACACAUACACUUACAUUACAACAACAUUUUACUGUCCAUGUUUUCUAUUGUACUAUCAAUUCUGUAUUGGAUAUUUCUACAGUUUAGGGAUAAUAAUUUUGUAUUGGACAGCCUAAAUAUUUUCAACUAUAACAGACAAGUAUGUGAAGAUUAUGUCAAAGUUUUUUUGAUAGACUGUGAGAAGUCCUAAGGGUCACCCUUUUCCCCAGCAAGACCCAUCAUAAUAACAAGCUCUCAUCGCACCCAAUGACUGCUAGGGACAUCUCUCUCUCUCUCUCUCUCUCUCUCUCUCUCUCUCUCUCCUCACACGAUGAGCAAGUUGCAACAGGAACUCAACUUCUUAAAGCUCAUCUCGGAAACCUGCAUCACAAAGCGGUGCAAUCAGCGCUGAAGCCCUGCGCGACGGAGCGGAUCUCUGGAUGUGGUUUACAAUGGGACCGGAGCUCACGUUACAAUCUACCGGACGAGGAAAGCUCAAAUUUACAUUAAACACUGAGACGAUCUGCACUGCAAAUGGAUGUUCAGAGAGACGUGCUACGUAUUAUCUGACAGUGUAUGAAGCUGCUUGUAAAGCGUCAUUUCCAAGUUUAGUACAAUGCGGAAACGCAAGGCUUGUUUUUCCUUUCUGUCCACGAUAUUGACGGUCCAACUGACCUUUAUGUAACUAACUGAAGGCGCGUUCGUGUGCGAGCAUCAUCGUGGAAGCACCUGGAGGACUCUAUCAGCGGCUACAGCUUCACCAAUGGCUUGAUCAUCCGGUUCAUUGUCUUUGAAAUGGAUGAUAGAUCCAACAAACUCCUUUUAGUUCCUGUUUUGACCGUUUUAUUUGUCAUGAUCGGCUAUCAGUACAUCUGUCCAGCGGGGAGCACGUCUUGUCGGUUUGGGAAUGGAGAGAGUUUUCCGUUCUCCAAAUAUCCAGCAGACGUCAAGAGAGAGUCUCCGGAUCCGGACGAGGACCCUCCGUUUAGAUUCCCGUCUAAAUUCAACUUCACGAGCGAGGACCUCUAUCGCCACGUGGAUUUCGACAUCAAGGGGAACGACGUGAUCGUGUUCCUCCACAUCCAGAAGACCGGAGGAACGACGUUCGGGAGGCACCUGGUGCGCAACAUCCACCUGGAGCGACCGUGCGACUGCCGCUCCGGGCAGAAGAAAUGCACGUGUCACCGGCCCGGUAAAGCGGAGUCGUGGCUCUUCUCGCGCUUCUCCACGGGAUGGAGUUGCGGUUUGCACGCGGACUGGACCGAGCUCACGAGCUGCGUCCCUGCUGUGAUGAAUAAAAAGCAAAAGAAAGACGCGCCAUUGAACAGACGGAAUUUCUACUACAUCACGCUGUUGCGGGACCCUGUGUCACGUUACCUGAGUGAGUGGAAGCACGUGCAGCGUGGCGCCACAUGGAAGACGGCACUGCACAUGUGUGACGGGCGUCCUCCCACUCCAGACGAGCUGCCGGCCUGCUACAGCAGUGAAGACUGGACCGGCGUGUCUCUGGAGGAGUUCAUGACCUGUCCCUCGAACCUGGCCAACAACCGGCAGACUCGCAUGCUGGCUGAUCUCAGCCUGGUGGGCUGCUACAACCUGUCCUCCAUGAGCGAAGAACGGCGUGCCGAGCUGCUCCUCAGCAGCGCCAAGCGCAACCUGCUUCGCAUGGCGUUCUUCGGCCUAACUGAGUUCCAGCGCAAAACACAGUUCCUUUUUGAGAGGACGUUUGGCUUGCACUUCAUCAACGCCUUCACUCAGAUUAACGGGACGCGGGCGGCCGGGAUCACAGUUGGGACGUCCACCCGAAGGCGCAUAGAGGAGCUGAAUGCACUAGACAUGCAGUUGUACGAAUAUGCGCGGGAGCUUUUCUCACGGCGCGUGCAGUACUGCCACCAUCAGGAGCGGCAGGAGGAGAGAGAGAGGAAACGGCAGCAACGCAGGAGAAUGAAGGAACAGAAAGCUUCACAGAUUCAACAACAGGAGGACGAUGAACGAAAAGACGCAGAGCAGGAAAAUACGGAGUUAACUGUUGUGACGGAGGACUACAGUAGUCAGGUGGUGAGGUGGUGAUGCUGUACUCUCUGGUUCUGUUCAGAAUAACAUACUAACAAGCUACUCUUACUAUCUUGGUUGUAUAUAGUAUGCAUACUGUGCAGAAUAUGCAGCCGCCUACUAUACACUUAAAAACAGCUUUUUUCCAGUAAACCAUUUUGGGUUCCCCAUCGAACCUUUCAGUAAAGCGUUCUUAAAAUAACCAUUUUCUCUUAGUUUUAAAGGGGUCAUAUGAUGUGAUUUCAAUUUUUCCUUUCUCUUUGGAGUGUUACAAGCUCUUGGUGCAUAAAGAAGAUCUAUAAAGUUGCAAAGACUA